AUGGGACUGACCCGUCGAAGACCUAACAAGUCUUGCUCCCUGCCUUGUGCGAUCUUGUUUGACACUCGGAAGACUUUACACCGCAAGAAAUGCUCAGACGAAGAAACGGCAGACCCUAAGUACACAUUUCUGGCAGCAGCUUUUAACCUCUGCCUGAGGUACCAUAAAGUAACGCAGUACUGGAAGACAUCCAAGACCAUCCUCAUCUUCAACAAAGGCGAUCCAGAUGACCCUUUGAACUGGAGGCCAAUCACACUUAUGUGCACCAUAAAUAAGCUCCACACCGGGUGCCUGGCAUCAAGCCUACAAUCAUGGAUUAUAGACAACCACAUCCUCAGCCACUGCCAGGAAGGCUUCAUACCGUUCCACGGUGUCUUCGAGCACAACUUCGUCUUGCAAACACUCAUCAAUAAGGCGAGAACGAAGGCUAGCGACCUCUGCACUGCACUGCUCGAUUUCUCAAAUGCUUUCGGCUCCGUACCGCACAACGCCAUCGUGCAGAAAUCAUCCAAGACCUCUACGACGGCAACAACACAACGUCCAUCACCGGAUGAGGUCAAACAGACCCUAGCAAGGUGA